AUGAGUUUGGAACGCGAGUUUCGCCAACUGAGCAAGGCCAAGGCCAAGGCCCAGCGGAACGGGCAACUGCGGGAGGAGGCCGCCCUCUGCCACCAGCUGGGGGAGCUCCUGGCCAGCCAUGGCCGCUACGCAGAGGCCCUGGAGGAACAUCGGCAGGAGCUGCAGCUCCUGGAGAGCACCGACGACCUCCUGGGCUGCGCUGUGGCCCACCGCAAGAUCGGCGAGCGGCUAGCGGAGAUGGAGGACUACUCAGCUGCCCUGAAGCACCAGCAUCGUUACCUGGAGUUGGCCUGCUCCUUGUCCAAUCACGUGGAGCAGCAGAGGGCCUGGGCCACCAUUGGCCGCACCUACCUCGAUGUCCAGUCGCAGGAUGCCCUGCUGCAGGCCCAGUCUGCCUUUGAGAAGAGCUUGGCGAUCGUGGAUGAGAAGUUGGAGGGGGCUGUACCACACCGAGAGCUGAUUGAAAUGAGGACUCGGCUCUACCUCAACCUGGGUCUCACUUUCGACAGCUUGCAGCAGCCAGCCCAAUGUGACAACUACUUCAAGAAAAGCAUCUUCCUUUCAGAGCAGAACCACCUCUACGAGGACCUGUUUCGUGCUCGUUACAACCUGGGCACCAUCCACUGGCGAGCGGGCCAGCACUCCAAGGCCAUGCGCUGCCUGGAGGGUGCCCGCGACUGUGCCCGCACCUUGAAGAAGGGGUCCAUGGAGAGCGAGUGCUGCGUGGUGAUCUCACAGAUCCUCCAAGACCUGGGAGAUUUCUUGGCUGCCAAACGUGCCCUGAAGAAGGCCUAUAGACUGGGAUCCCAGAAGCCUUUGCAGAAGGAGGCAGUCUGCAGCAGCCUGAAGUAUGUGUUGAAGGUGGUCCAGUUGCAGCGGCAGCUAGAGGAGGCCAAGGACAGGGACCCUGAAAGUGCCCUAGGCAUCUGUGAACAGCUGGGGGACCUGUUCUCCAAGGCGGGCGACUUCCCCAAGGCAGCCGAGGCCUAUCAGAAGCAGCUGCAUUUUGCAGAGCUGCUUGGCCGGCCAGGGCCCGAGCUGGCCGUCAUCCAUGUGUCCUUGGCUACCACCUGGGGUGACAUGAAGGAGCCGAGUCGGGCAGUGUUUCACUAUGAGGAGGAGCUAAAGCUGUGCAGUGGAAACCCCCUGGAGGAGGCGAAGACCUGGUUAAACAUUGCACUGUCCAGAGAAGAGGCUGGGGAGGACUAUGAGCUGCUGGCACAGUGCUUCCAGAAGGCUCUCGGCUGUGCCCAUCAGGCCCAGCUACCCCAGCUGCAGAGGCGUGUUCUCCAGCACCUCUACACUGUGCAGCUGAGGCUGAAACCCCAGGAGGCCCCCAGCACCAAAGCCAGACUUGAGGAGCUGAGCACAGUGGAGGAGGAGCAGGAAGGGGAGGAAGAGGAGGACAGUGAGGCUCUGGAAAUCAGCGAUGUGGAGCUCUCGGAGAGUGAGAACGAGGCCCCAGAGGAGGAUGAGGAACUUCGAGGCUGCCUGGGCCAGCGGAAGGUAAACAAGUGGAACCGACGGAAUGACAUGGGGGAGACCCUGCUGCACCGAGCCUGCAUCGAGGGCCAGCUACGCCGCGUCCAGGACCUGGUGAAGCAGGGCCACCCUGUCAACCCUCGGGACUACUGCGGCUGGACACCCCUGCAUGAGGCCUGUAACCAUGGACACUUGGAGAUUGUCCGUUUCCUGCUGGACCACGGAGCUGCAGUGGAUGACCCAGGAGGCCCAGGGUGUGAGGGCAUCACUCCGCUGCAUGACGCCCUGACCUGUGGCCACUUCGAGGUGGCCGAGCUGCUCAUUGAACGAGGCGCCUCUGUGACCCUGCAGACCACCAAGGGUCACAGUCCCCUGGAGACGCUGCAGCUGUGGGUCCGACUGUACAGCAGGGACCUCGACCAGGAGACCUGGCAGAAGGCUGGCACCAUGGAGAGGCUGCUCCGGACUGUCGGAGCUUCCCGGGCACCCCAAGCGCCCCGGGCCUUUCCAAGUAACCAUCUGUUUGACCCAGAGACUUCGCCUCCCUCAAGCCUUUGCCCAGAACCCCGCUCUGGUGCCCCAAGGCCCCCAGCCUCUUGGGCCCGUUCCAGGCUCUCUCCUGUGGUCAGGCCUCGGCGGGGCCGGCUUGGGCUGGCCAGCAGCAGUAGUGGCUCUGAGAGUGAGGACAGUGAAGGCCCUCACCAGCCUGCCCAGAAGAGGCCUCGGUCCUCAGCGUUCACUCAGCUGGCCCAGACUCAGCCAGCCAGCCCUGCAGGGAACAGAGAGGUAGCUGUGGCCAGUACCAGCUGGGCGGCUUACCAGGCGGCCAUCCGGGCUGUGGGCAGUGCCCAGAGCCACUGCCUGGUACCCAACCAACCUCAGGGCCUAGGCGAGGUUCCUGCCCCUCAGGCAGCCCUUGUCCCAGAGGAAGAGUGUUUGGAUGGGGAUUGGCUGGAGGACGACUUGGCCCUGACCCUUGGCCGCCAGAGGGGCAGCCGCCUGCCCCAUCCCCCAGGCAGUGGGGACACCACCAGGCCCCGGGCCCGGCAGAGCCGUCUGACCUUCCCAAUUCACCACGAGAGUCCAUGCAUGGCAGUCAAGGCCAGCUCAGCGGCACAGCCUCCAGGGAGCCCCGACCCCUCUGGGACCUCUGGGCCUGGCCAGGACAACCUUAUGGCAGGCCAGUGCUCGGGUCCCACCCUGCCUCCACCCAUCCGGGUUCGUGUCAGAGUUCAGGAUAAUCUCUUCCUCAUUCCCAUCCCACACAGCACUGAGGCCCACUCCGUGGCCUGGCUGGCCGAGCAGGCCACCCAGCGCUACUACCAGACCUGUGGGCUGUUGCCUCGGCUCACACUCCAGAAAGAGGGGGCCCUGCUGGCCCCACAGGAUGCCAUCCUGGACGUGGUGCACAACAAUGAGGAGGUGCUGGCUCAAGUGACUUCAUGGGACCUGCCCCCGCUGACCGACCGCUACCGCAGAGCCUGCCAGAGCCUGGGUCAAGCGGAGCACCCAGAGGUGCUGCAAGCUGUGGGAUGCCAGGGUUCGGGCUCCACAUUCAGCGCCUGCUCCCUAGCACUGCACCAGGCCCAGCUGACCCCGCUGCUUCGGGCCCUCAAACUGCAUGCGACGCUGCGGGAGCUGCGCCUGGCAGGGAACCGACUGGGAGACGGAUGCAUAGCUGAGCUGUUGGCUGCCCUGGGCACCAUGCCUGGCCUGGCUCUCCUGGACCUGUCCUCCAACCACUUGGGCCUGGCUGGCCUAUGUCAGCUUGCCUCAGGCCUCCCAGAGCAGGCCGCUGCUCAGACUCUGGAGGAACUAGACUUGAGCAUGAACCCCCUUGGGGAUAGCUGUGGCCCAGCUCUGGCCUCUGUCCUGCGGGCCUGCCCCUCACUCAGCACCUUGCACCUCCAGGCCUGUGGCCUAGGCCCCAGCAUCUUCCAGAGCCAGCAGGCAGCCCUGAGCAGCACCUUCCGAGAUGCCAAGCACUUGAAGACGCUCUCCCUGUCCUACAAUGCCUUGGGCACCCAGACCCUGCUGAGCUUGCCUGCCUGCACCCUCCUGCACCUGGAGCUGGGCUCCGUGGUGACCACAAAGAGCGAUGGAUUCAUGGAGCCUGUGGUCAGGUACCUGACGCAGGAGGGCUGUGCGCUGUCACACCUGAACCUGUCUGGGAACCAUCUGAAUGACAAGGCUGUGAGAGAGCUGAGCAGAUGUCUCCCUUUCUGCCCCUCGCUGGUCUCACUGGACCUGUCUGCCAACCCCAAGGUCAGCCGUGUAGGUCUGGAGGAGCUCCUGUCUGCCCUCCAGGAACGGCCCCGUGGCCUCAGCUUCCUUGACCUGUCAGGCUGCACUGUCCAGGGGCCUCUGGGUCUUAGCGUCUGGGACAGGAUCACUGAACAUGUGAAGGAGCUGCAGCUGUGCAGCCGCCGCCUCACUCCUGAGGACCGGGACUCACUGCACCGGGUACUGCCCAGCCAGACAGGCCCCAGCCUGUGUACGCUGGACCGUGGCGCUAAGCUCUUCUUCAGGCGCCUCUGA